AUGAGGGUGCCAAAUCAGGCCAAGCCGAAGAAGGGGAAUCAGAGAAGGAAGGUUCUAGUGAAAAAGAGGAAGACUGAGGAGGGGCGGAAGGCAUUUCGGGCCCUGAAGGAAGCUCUUGUCUCGGCCCCGGCAUUGGCCUUGCCCGAUCCAGCCAAACCGUUCCUCCUCUAUGUGGCUGAAAAACAAGGAAUGGCCUUGGGAGUGUUGAGCCAGACCCUGGGCCCUUGGAAGAGGCCGGUGGCCUACCUGUCAACGAAACUAGACCCAGUGACAUCAGGAGGGCCAGCCUGCCUGAGGGCCAUAGCGGCUACCUCAGUCCUGGUGAAGGAGGCGAGUAAGCUAACCUUGGGGCAAGACAUCCAAGUAGUCGGGGAACACUAUGUCGAGUAAGUACUCCGUGCACUGCCUGGUCGUUGGUUGACCAACGCACGACUGACUCAAUAUCAGGCUCAGCUCCUGAACCCCCUGGCUGUCAGAUUCCUUAAGACGACUGCCCUGAACCCGGCCACCUUGCUACCAGUCCCCGAAUCGGGAGUGACUCAUUGCUGCCCCCAUGUCCUGGAAGUGGUAGCCGGAACGCGGCCUGACCUGCGGGACCUGGCAUACGAGAACGCGGACCUAACCUGGUACACAGACGGCAGCAGCUUCGUAAACAACGGACUCAGGUAUGCUGGGGCAGCCGUGACAACAGCGGACGAGGUGGUAUGAAAACAAGCUCUGCCCAAGGGGACAUCGGCCCAGAGAGCAGAGUUGGUCGUGCUCACCCAAGCCCUCCGGAUGGCCGAGGGAAGGACGGUCAACAUUUACACGGACAGCAGGUAUGCUUUUGCAACAGCCCAUGUGCAUGGGGCCAUCUACCGGGAGCGCGGGCUGCUGACGGCUGGAGGUAAGGAAAUCAAGAAUCGCCAGGAAAUCCUAGAACUGCUAGAUGCGCUGUGGAUGCCCAAGAAGGUAGCCAUCAUUCACUGCCGAGGGCACCAGAGAGGAAGUGACCCCGUGGCAAGGGGUAACGCCCUGGCUGACCUGGCGGCCAAAGAGGCGGCGAAGGAAAGGAAGCUGGAGAAGCAGGGGGAAGGAUAUAGGCAUAAGGGAAAUACCCCUGGAGAGAUCUGGGAAGUUGACUUCACUGAAAUGUCAAAAGGGAAAGCGGGAUAUAAAUACCUCUUAGUUCUAGUAGACACCUUCUCGGGCUGGGUGGAGGCCUUCCCCACAAAGGGUGAAACGGCAGCCACGGUAGGGAAAAUCCUAGUCCGAGAAAUAAUUCCCAGAUAUGGCAUUCCCGUGGCGAUUGGAUCAGAUAACGGGCCUGCCUUUGUAUCCCAAAUAUCCCAAAACCUAGCCGGGAGAUUGGGCAUAACCUGGAAAUUGCACUGUGUGUAUAGACCCCAUAGCUCAGGGCAGGUAGAGAGAAUGAAUCGGACCUUGAAGGAAACAUUGAUUAAAUUAAAGGAGGAGCUCGGGGAGAACUGGGUAGAAUUGCUCCCCUCCACCUUAUUUAAGGCUCGAUGUACCCCGUACACAGGAGGCUGGACGCCUUAUGAAAUCAUGUACGGGCAGCCUGUGCCCCUAGUGCCCAAGCUGACUAGAGAGGAGAUAGAGGCCUCUAAUCAUAACUUUCUAAAGUCCUUACAGGCACUGCAGGCCCUCAGAGAAGAAGUCCAGAGCCUACGAAGGGAGGAGAAGGAGGCAAAUGAAAGAGGUGGCACUGGCGAAGUAAGGACACUGAACCCCGGCCAGUGGAUAUAGAUCCUGAACCACCGGCGAGGAAGCCUUGAACCCAGGUGGAUCGGGCCAUUCCAGGUACUGCUAAGCACCCCGACCGCCGUUCGGGUGGCCGAGAAACCCUACUGGAUACACCUCUCUCACGUCAAGCCAGCUCAGGACCCCAGUGGAGAAAAACCAUGGAGAGUUCGACAGGACCCAGAAAAGCCCCUCCGACUCUCUUUUACCCGCUCUUAA